CUGACAUUAACGUUAUGAAUAUUUUUAAGUUUCAAUAAAUCGACUAUCAUGAAAUAAAUAAUACACCUAUAUGAAAAAAGUCAAGAAGGGUACUCAAAAUGUUUUUGAAACCGUGGAAAUCCUUUAGGACCGGCUAUAAAUAUUUUAAAUAUUUUUCUACCCAAACGGUGAAUAUUGCAACUAACGACGCAAUUGUUUUAAGUGAUAGUUGUGUACAAAAAUUAAAACAGUUAUGUGAUGGUAAUGUAUUUAUGCGACUAUGCGUUGAAAGUGGAGGCUGUUCGGGAUUUCAAUAUAAAUUUGAUUUGGAUGAUAAAAUUGCUGAUGACGAUAAAAUCUUUGAAAAGGAUGGUGUGAAAGUAGUUGUGGAUAUGACCUCACUAGAAUAUAUAAAAGGAUCUACAAUUGAUUACCACACUGAACUGAUUCGAUCUGCUUUCAGAGUUGUUCAAAAUCCAAACGCCGAUCUUGGAUGCUCAUGUGGAGCAAGUUUUUCUAUAAAAAUGGAAUAGUGAAAACUAGUUACUUAUUUAUAUAAGU